AUGCCUUCAGACGACUUCGAAUAUCCCUGGGAGAUCAAGAGCGAGGUAGAGCGCCUCCAGAAGCAAUAUGCUUGGAUCCAGAAAUGUAUCGACAACAAACUAGUCUUUGCACCUGUGCCACUGGACACAGAGGGCCUUAAAGUUCUCGAUGUGGGAUGCGCUGACGGAACUCUCCUUCGAGACUUGAAAAAGCAAGUCGCCCCAUCUGCCCGGCUCGUCGGUGUAGAUGUUGUUGAUGCAUUCUUGCCCCCUUCUGAAGAAGGGCUGCGAUAUGAGCUCUAUGAUCUUUGUGAAGAAGCAAGAGGAAAGCUCACCGGGGCUUUUGAUCUUACGCACGUGAGAUUUGUCCUUCCUGGAGCUGCCAAAGUGGGAUAUCAGAAAGCAGUUGAUCAUCUUGCUGCUACGCUUGCACCUGGAGGUUGGUUGCAAGUACAUGAGAUGGAUUUUGAUCUACAGGAUAAGCCGAGCGUCGGUCCAGCUUUGAAAGACGUCUGUAAGCUCUUUUCUGGCGUGUUCAAAGCCAUGGGCAUGACUUACGACCUUGUUGGAGAGCUCCCUGGUGCUUUCAAGGCGGCUGGACUUGAGAAUAACUCGACCGAAAUUGUUGAGCUUCCGAUGGGUAAGCUUCUAGGUGACGAGGAAGCUAUCGAAAUGUCCUUGCAACCUUUUCUUCUUACAAUCCCCAGCUUAAUCGAGGGCGCUAAAGGUCUCAAAGCUGAUGUCCCCGAGUCGGUGCUUAAGAAUUUGCCAGAGAGAUUUGAGAAGGAGAUCCGGGAGCAGGGCGGCGUUUUCUACACGAAGGUUAUUAUGGGUCAGAAGCCAGUCUAA